AUGAAGUACAGGAAACCAAACGGCGCCUUUCUCGGGGCGCUCGCGUUGCUGCUGCUGCUGGCGGUGGUUCCAAGCCAGGGCGGCCUGAUCCUGUUUCCCGUGGACGACACCGACCCCGUGAUUGAGUCAUUCUGCGAGGACAUCGCCGCGGGUAUCUUCCCGCACCCGAGCCCGGCCCUGUGCCACGUGUACAUCUCCUGCACCUUCGAGGUACCGACCGUGUACCAGUGCGACGAUGGCUUUGUGUUCGACCCGAGCGCACUCCGGUGCGUUCCGGGCGAUCGACAGCAGUGCAUCGAUCUGUCCGAGCCCGACUGGAUCGCCAUGUGUUCGCCCUACUCGUACGCCUUCUUCCCGGAUCCGACCCGCUGCUGGAGGUUUGUGCUGUGCGAACGACAGACCCCUACCGUGUUCACGUGUCUCGACGGAGAGGUCUGGUCGGUGGAACGGGAUGCUUGCUUGCCGGGCGAUCGAGAUACCUGCGAAGUGUUCGACCCCAGCAACGUCUGCCAGGGACAACCGGAUGGGCUGGUACCACAUCCGGAGCGGUGCACCGAGUUCAUUCGUUGCACCGACGGACAGUCCGCGGUUGAAAGCUGCCCGAUGGGACAGAUCUGGGUCGGGCAGCAAUGCGUCGUGGGCAACACGGACACCUGCGAACCGACGGGUGGCCUCUGCCAAGGAAUCGUCGGUAACGACCUGCGUCCCCACCCGAACGAGUGCCACCUGUUCCUAUUCUGCUCGCCAGACACCGGUGCGACGGUGCUAAUCUGCCCACCUGGUGAGAUCUUCCGCCCGGACAUACGGUUCUGUGUGCCCGGGGAUCGUGAGACGUGUGAGUACAGCAGCGUGGAGACGGCGUGUGUUGGGAGGCCCGAUGGGUUUGUGCCGCAUCCGGACGACUGUCAGCAGUACAUUUCGUGCGUCGGAGGCACCUCGCACGUGGUAAGUUGUCCGGGAGGGUUCAUCUUUGACCCGCCAACGGGAACCUGUGCCCAGGGUGACCCAGAGACCUGUCUGGUGACGGCCGGGCGCUGCAGCAACCUACCGGACGGUACGAUCCUGGAGCACCCGCUCCGGUGCGACAUGUUCCUCCGGUGCGAGAGUGGCUCCGCCGAGGUGCACCUUUGCCCGGUGGGCGAAGUCUUGAACGUGGCCGCCCAGUUCUGUGUGCCCGGGAACGGGGAUACCUGCGAGCGGUUCCCCCUGGAGACGAUGUGCGAUGGCCGCGAGGAAGGCGGUCUACUGUUGCCCCAUCCGACUGAUUGCACCCUCUACGUGGACUGCAGGGGGGGCGGUUUGGUCGUGGAGGGAAGCUGCCCGACGGGUACCAUCUUCGUAGCGCCGGAGCAGACCUGCCGUCUGGGCGUAAAUUGCACCCUGUUGGUGGGUAUUUGUGAGGGACUUCCGGAUGGUACUGUUCUGGAACACCCGGAUCACUGCGAUCACUUCAUCCUGUGCUCGGGCGGGCAACCCGCCGUAAACCCGUGCCCGCCGGGUGAGAUCCUACGUCCGGAUGCGCAGUUCUGUGUGCCGGGACGGUCGGACACCUGCGAGGCCGAUUCGCUCGAGGACAUGUGCCGGGCGCAACCGGACAACACUCUGUUCCCGCAUCCGGACACGUGCUACCUGUCCGUCCGCUGUCUCGGAGGCACCUCGAUCGUUGAGCGGUGUCCGGCAGGGAGUAUCUACGACGCACCGAGCCGAUCCUGUGUGGCUGGCGAUCAGGAAACGUGCGAACCGUACGAAAACCUGUGCGCCGGACAGCCGAACGGAGCGAUUCCUCAUCCGACCGAGUGCGUCAGCUUCAUCGUCUGCGAGGACGGCCGAAUGAUCCUGUGGCAUUGCGCCCCGGGGUACGUGUUUUCGGCUGCGAUCGGUACCUGCGCGAUCGGCAACACGGAGCUCUGCACGCUGCUGGAGGACGGCGUAUGUUCCGGUUUGCCCGACGAUACGAUCCUGGCCCAUCCGAACGAGUGCCACCUCUUCAUACGCUGCACGGGCGGCCUCCCGCUAGUGGACCAGUGCCCGGCGGGCGAAAUUCUGUUCCCCGAGCAACGGUUCUGUGUCCCGGGCACUACGGACACGUGCCAGAGGCAUCCGGUGGAGUCGAUGUGUCACGGUGCGCAGGACGGUACAAUCUACCCACACCCGGAGGGAGGCUGUACGGUGUACGUAGUGUGCACGGGAGGCCAGCCGACGAUGGGGACUUGUGCGGCCGGCCACAUAUUCCACGCUCCAAGCAGUUCGUGUCGACCGGGAAAUACCGACACUUGCCAGCUGCUGGACGGCGUGUGCGUUGCCGAACCGGAUGAGACGAUCCUGGAGCACCCGAACCUGUGUGGACACUUCGUGCGGUGUAUGGGGGGCAUGGUGGAGAUACACGAGUGCCCGGCGGGCGAAAUCCUACGACCCGAUGCCCAGUUCUGUGUGCCGGGGAGCGCCGACACCUGCUCGUUCGAGCCCGAGGACCUGAUGUGCUUCGGACGUCCGGACGGGCUGCUGUACCCGCAUCCGACCGACUGCGGAAUGUUCGUGCGCUGCGAGGGGGGCUCGGCCGUGCUGGAGUGGUGUCGCCCCGGAACGAUCUACCGGGCGGCAAGCCAAACGUGCAUCGCGGGCGAUGUCAACACGUGCGAAUUCCUCGAUGGGUUCUGUGCCGGGCGCCCGGAUGCGGUCCAUCCGCACCCGGGCGGCUGCGAGCUGUUCCUGAUGUGCACGUCCGGCAUCACGACGCCCUUCCGGUGCCCGGACGGGGAGAUCCUGCACCCGGAGCACCUGAUUUGCGUCGACGGCAACGCCGACGACUGCACACUCUCCCCGGUCACCACCGAGCCGCCGAUCAUCUCCGUCUGCGAGGGUCGCCCCGAUGGGAACUACACGCAUCCGCUGCUGUGUUACCUCUUCAUCCGCUGUAUCGAUGGCCAAACGGACAUCCUGACCUGCCCGCCGGACCACAUCUUCGUCGGCGCGAUCCGCGACUGUGCCCCCGGUGACCAGGCCACUUGUAUUCCGAAACGUGCCGAAAGGAAGGCGAAGAGGUGCCACUCCCGAGCGACAUGUGCCGCGGUAUCGUCCUCGGCAGGAUGCUGCACCCGGAGGACUGCACGAAGGUUUGUCUUCUCCGAGCGCCUGUUUCUGUGUCUCCCGGGGGAUGCGAACUCGUGCCAGGUGACACUGCUGCCCACGACGUCCACGAUUGCCCCGGAGGAUAUUCUACCGAUCCCCAGUGAUAUCUGUCGGGAGCAAAAUGUGUCGUUCGGAAUGCUGCCACAUCCGCAGUUCUGCACGCGCUACAUCAUCUGCGCCCUGUGGAUCCCCAUCGAGCGCGAGUGCGACCGGUUCCAGGUGUUUAGUGAGCGCUUGUCCAUGUGUUUGCCAGGCCUGGUAAAUAGCUGCCGACCAAUCAUUGGCCGAUAG